UCAUCUUACUGUUUGCUCUUGCCAUAUUCAGCGGAUACAAACCGCUACAGGCCACCAACAGUGAAGCCAUUCCCAACAGCUCAGUUGUCCCAUUCUUUCUCAGGUCUCUCCAACUCAUCUGAAACCUCAUCUCUUUCCAAGAAGCAGUAUCAACAUGUUUCGGCGUAUAGAAAACACCAUGAAGGCGGACCCGUCGUUCCCUGCUGACCUCAAACAACUCGGCUUCUUUAUCAACGAUACAGGUCACAUACGUUUGAUUGAUGCACCAGAUAAGCCUCAUACCUACAAUGCCACCAAUAACGAACGUGUCAACGAGGUCCGCUGCGAGGCUAUGCACACUUGCCAGCGGAGGGAAGUUGAAGCACGGUUGUCUCGUCUGGGAAUCAGCCGCCUCUAUCUUCCACAGUACACUACAGAGAAGCCCAUAGGACCGAGCAUACCUAUCCUUGCUCCUGAGCCUGAGACGCUCAAGACGCGCAAGCAAAUCAUUGUGCUAAUAAACGAUCCCCAACAAGACCUGGGUAUCUUGUCAUAUUCUCAACUAUCGAGGGGUCUCGGUAUCAACGGCGGGUCAGUCGUCAACUUCGCCAAGCAGAUGAUCAAGCGCUCUUGUACAAACAACACUGGCGAACAAGCCGCCACCAUCUUCAAAGAUAACUACGAGCUCGACGACAAAAGCACCGCACCUAGCUUGCUCGUCCUGAAUACAUCCCAACUCCUCUAUUCUCACAAGCACAACCAAGCCAUGACUCUCCGCAGCUGGUCCGCAAUGCCACGCAAAUCCAUCGCCCACGACAUGAUCCGCAUCCACGACUCCAACUCCAUCCCUGGCCACCUCGCUCCAAAAGACCAUAUCAAAACCGUCUUCGACGAGAUCCUCUACAACACCACCCGUAUCGCUGCCGACGCCGAACUCUCCAUCAUCGCAAUUGAAAAUAGCACCGAGGCCCUACUGUCCGUGCUAGCAGAAGGUUUUGAGAAAUACACAUCCCGCAUCACUGCCCUAGCCCUCCUCCAUUGCACCCUCGACGCCUCGCAAAUCACGCACCCCGGUCUACGCAGUUUCCUGCGCCAGCGCGCCCGCCAGUGGCGAUUCAACGACGUCACGGCGAACCCGCUGCACUGCACUGAUAUGCCCAAAUUGCACCCCGAUGGUGCGGUUGGGGAAAUGGAGAAUGUAGGCGCCGAUGAUGACAACAAGACACAUGUAGAAUGGGCCUCUGGCACCGAAGUCCCGUGUCCCACGUUCGCAGGCGGUGAUGGUGCACUUGGGGAAGAUGUGUUUAUUGAUGCUGCGGUGCAAGAUGCUGUGCUAGCAUUUUUCGAAGAGGCAAGACAUGAAGGUGCGGUUCUGGGUGAGAAGACGAGUGGGGGUCAUAUGUGGAAGCCGCAGGUUGAAGGGCUGCAGGUGGCUUUUGCGGGGACGAUGGUGGAUAGCGAAUUACUCAAGGCGACAGGGUUGAUGGAGUGAGCGACUAGGUAAGGGUGAGAUGGAUCUUUUUUUUCUUUUCUUUUUUGCAAAUAUGCGAUGUGGGUAGAUGGUACUCAGGUAUAGUGAUUGGGUCAGAAAGGUCCUUUACUUCAUUUCUGUACAUGAGUGCUUUUGCUUUAUCUGAUCUUUGCUCACCCGUAAAAGGUUUCGGUGACCAUCUGUACAAUGAAAAACGAA